AUGUCCUCACGCUCAUCUGUCGUCGACCCGCCGCGGUCGCAAACAACGCCUUCGGAACGUCAAGUUCACACGACACCGCUGCUCAAGCGCAAGCGCGAUAAGCCAGACAAUGGACAAGAGCCGAUCAUGAUCCACGGCUCGAGUGCAACGUCGGAGCAGCUGUACUUCAUCGACGAUGAUUCGAUGGACAAAGCGUUUUCCUUACUCGUACAAAAUAAAUGGAUCAACGACGACUGUGUGAACUCGCUGCUGGAGAUUUUCAACCCCGAUCCGUCUGUCUGGCUCGUCUUCUCAACCCUCACAAACACGCAGAGUGGACCAAGUGACAGUAGGUCUUUCAACAAAAGCCCGUCCGAUUCGCCGGAAAAGCUCAUGAUUCCUCUCCACCUGUCGAAUAUGCAUCACUGGGUGUUGGCGGCCUACGACAAGACGCGCCGUCACUGCAUGGUGUACGACCCCAAGGGAGACGGCAAGUGCGUUGAGCGCACGAUCGAGAUCGUCCAGGAUAUCCUGAGGAAGCAUAAUUCUUGGCAGGAAGACUGUAUAACAGGAGUCGAUUGCUUCCCCUCCUCGAUGCGCCAGACCGACAGCAACAACUGCGGCAUUUUUGUGAUAGCUGCGGCACUGCUUCUGUUCAACGAUCUCCCAAUCAAAUCCUUCACCCCGGACCUCUGGCGUGAUCUUCUGGCCGCUUACUUCUGCAUCAGAGACAAACCGCCGCGUGAUCUCAUCUCGAAACGACUCACCAGCGUCUUAAAGUCGGCAGACCUCGAUCGGGGUGAUCGUACUUUGACAGACAAUUUGACACGAAAAGCCAAAGUCAUCACCGACGCCAGUCUGCGCGCGAGUGAUUAUGCUGAUGAGGCACGACUUCUGCUAAAGAUGGCAGACGACCCCCUCCAAAGGCUGAGGAAGCAAGAAGAGGAUCGCGAGAGGCUGCUCAGGUUGGCCUCCUGGUACGCGCAGAAGCCCGAUGGCGCGAGUUACUUGACCGACGGCAUAAUCGCCGCCAGUCGAGAGCAAGAAGCGAAACAACUCAAAGCAAUGCCGAAGUUGAUAAAGGGUGCUGUGGGACAACUGACGGCGCUGCGCAACCAUUGCUCCAGCGUGAUUGAUGAAUGCACGAUUGUGGCUAGGAAGCUCCAGCAGGAGAGGGAUGAUGUCUUGAAGAAGGCGAUGAGCGCAUACCUCGACAUCGGAUCAAAGCUGGCAGUAUCGUAA